AUGGCUGACGCCGAGCAGAAGACACUGCUCUCGCUCCCAUCGGAGCUUCUGUGUCAUCUGUUCACCUACCUGCCUCCCCGCCAACUCAUCACUCAGAUCCCUCUCGUCUGCAGUCGAUUCAAUAACAUUCUCAAGGAUGACAAGUUCUGGAGUGGAAGGAUUGUAAGAUUUUCAAGGUUCGGACUGAGUUCAAAAUAAUUAUCGUUCAGAAAAAUGAACAUCAAGUUCGAGUGCCGGACUGCGAACUCAAACAUCUCGAAUACAAGCCACAGAAGUCGUUCUACGCGAUGAGCUGCCAACGUGAACGAUGGAGGGAUUGGGAGACGCAGACGGUGAUCACAGCUCCAGGACACUCGGCCACUGUGGACAGUGUUAUGCUCUUCCAGCGCAACGACAAGGAAUUCUGCCUUUCCGGCUCCCGCGACCGCACCAUUCGUCUCUGGAACCUCGAAAACGUGCGACGUGGCGAAGACUCGGCCGAGAACCAAUGGACGGUGGCGAAGGACGAAACGGCGCAUUCGGGAUGGAUCUGGAACAUGACUCGCGACGAGAGCACCUCCAAUUUCUACACAACUUCCUGGGAUUCGAGCGUGAAAAGCUGGAACAUCACAGAAGACGGCCAGCUGCGAAAUGUGAGCUCUGUGAAUGUGGGAUCAGCCGCGCAAUGCAUUUCAUGUGCCGGAAAUGAGCAUGAAGUCGUGUGCACGACAUUCGUCCGCCGCAUGGCCAUCAUCGACUCGAGAACGUUCGAAGUCGUCGCCGAGCAUAAAUUGCACAAAAAGGCAGUGCUCGCGUUGGCAGUCCAAGGAGACAAGAUAUUCACGAGUGGAGAGGAUCGUCUCAUGAUGAUGGUCGAUCGGCGGAAUCUGAGUCGACCAGUGCUUUUCGUGAGCUUCAUUUCACAGUCUUCACGAAAUGGAACACUUCUUAUUUCAGGAAUACUCGCAAACCGCCUACAAAUCGUGCCUGUCACUGCGAAGGAAUCAGUUGCUUACCGCCACUUCUGAUGGAGGCGUGAAGUUGUACGACGCUAACAACUUCAACGUUCUUCAGUCGUACAACGUAAGCUCAAUAACGUUAACUGACAUCCAUCUCAUUCUUCCCAGGUUGGCUCAUUCACUCGACAAGCGCUGCUCGGCCACGGAGCACACCUUGUAAUGGCUCGGAGCUUGAAACGAAACUUCAAGUUCAGCGUAAGUAAGGGACUGAGAAGCUGCUAAUCUUUCCCUUCAGAUUCACAGUCCAGGAUCUCGUAGUCAGAAGUGGUGCGAGUCGCACGAAUUGGCAGCCGAACCGGCCAAGUUCGACUACUCGUUCUCCACCCGCACGCUCGCCAUCGGAAACGGAGACAGCUCCAUCCUCUUCUGCCUUCCUGGAGCCCAAGAAUAG